AGAUGUGGCUGCUGUGUCUGCUCCUCGCCAUAGAAAUGACUCAGUCUAACAAAACUCCGAGAUUCGGACUCUUCGUUCCCCCAGACCUGUAUUACCCAUCCACGGCCACGUUUUGCUUGCACUCCUCCCAGGACCUGGAGGGGUAUCACCACAUAGCUGUGGAUCUGAAGACCUCAUCAGGAAGCAUUAGCCUAUACACAGUCCAGCCAGACAGUCCCACGUGGCACUGCCACUCCUUCCAGGUUCCUGAACCUUCAAGUGUGACAGAGACAGUCACCAUCAGCGUUCAAGGUCAGGAGGCCGGGGGCAACCAAGUGGAGUUCAGCAAAAAGGAACUGACCGUGAGGAGGAAAAGCAUCGGGACCCUCAUCCAGACAGACAAGGGGAAGUACAACCCUGGACAAAAAGUUCUUUUCCGCAUGGUAACAAUAGAUCAAGACUUGGAAGUGCUCAAUAAAACGUAUUCGAUGGUCGAGCUACAGGAUCCACAGAAAAACCGUUUGGCCCAAUGGAAAGAUGUCCGCGCUGAUUCGCAGAUUGUAGAGCUCUCGUAUCAGCUGCCUCCUGAAGCAGCGCUGGGGACGUACAGUAUAAAAACCAAGGAUGCAAGCUUGUCAUUCGCGGUGGAUCAAUUUGUCCUUCCAAAAUUUGAGGUGAAUAUGGACGCUCCAAGAUCCAUCUCGAUCUUAGAUAAAGAGAUGCCCAUUUCUGUGUCGGCCAAAUAUACAUAUGGAGAAAAAGUGCAAGGAAAUGUGACCUUUAAAAUAUGUCAAAAGAAGAGACCAAGAUAUUACUGGUGGAGAACAAUGGUAGAAAAGGACAAGAAAGAAGACCUCUGCUAUACUGAAAAUGCCAAGAUUGACAGCUCUGGCAAACUGCAGUCCAUGGUGAACUUGUCUCAGUUCAGCCUUCGAGAUUCAGACUACGCGAGACAACUUGAGGUGGAGGCGUCACUGGAAGAGGAGGGGACAGAGGUGACGAUCAGCGCUCCCAACAUGGUCAUAGGCAUCCAGUCCCAGGUCACCAAGCUGUCAUUUCAAAAUGCAAAGCGGUACUACCAGCCUGGAGCCCCGUAUAGAGGCCAGUUGGUGCUGGAGUCCUAUGAUGGAAAGCGACUCGCUGGUGAAAAGGUUCAUCUCAGCAUUCCAGAGAAAGAAGGGACCACGAAAGAGACAUAUGUGACUGACUCAGCGGGGGAGGUCUCAUUCCAGCUGUCUACUUCCCAAUGGGGAAACAAAUCGGUUUCAUUACGGGCUACGACUGAUGAGGAAGAUGAACCCUACAACUCUAAUACACUGUCCGUCCGCCACGGCAAAGCCUAUCUCUACCUGGAUGACAUAUAUUCAGUGACCAAAAGCUCAGUGCAUAUCCGCCCGGUGAAGAGCUCAGCACAGCCUCAGGAGAAGGUCAUAGUGACCGUGGACUACACCGUAGAGGACCAAGAGGGGGACAACAUCGAGUUCUAUUAUCUGGGCCUCGUCAAUACCGGGAUAGUCCUUGGAGGCCAGAAGACGGUGAAGAAGGCAGAGGGCCUCUCUGGAUCCUUCGAAUUCGCCGUUCCUGUGGAGAACCUUUCUCCAUCUGGAAAGUUAUUGGUUUUCACGGUGUCCCCGUCUGGUGGAAUCGCUGCAGAUACAACAGAGGUCCAGGUGCCAUCUUAUCUGAGACAUAAGGUCAGUCUUACUUUCUCGGAGGAAGAAGUUCUGCCCGGAUCAGAUGUUCAGCUGCAUCUUCAGGCCAAUGGCGGUUCGAUGUGUGCGCUGCGUGCGGUGGACAAGAGCGUCAUACUAAUGAAUCCCACAGCUGAACUGACCGAGAGCAAGAUAAAGAACCUGGUGCCCCCGAAACGUACAUACAUAUAUUCCCAGGCACCGGACUAUGACUACUGCCAGGACAGAAGCAGAGAGUCAAACACUGUCGACAGUGACACUACCAACAGCUGGGAGAGGUGGGGAGGGUGGGCUUACCCCGAGAAGAAGAAGGACUUCCAGAACAUCAUUCAGAAUAUUGGGAUCUACCUUCUGUCCAGCUGGGAUAUUGUGGCUCCGACCACCUGCAUAUGGCACAGUAUGAGGCGACCAAAGGUGUUACAUGAGGCAGAUACUGCAGGUCGUCCACUGCAAGCAAGACCCAUGGCCAAAGCACCUUCUGUUGUAUUGAAGUCUGCUGUGGCUGCAUCUCCUGCCAGUUUAAAUUCUGAUGAUGAGGAUGAUGAUGGUGAAAGCAGUUCAAAGCCUCGCACUUUAUUCCUGGAGACUUGGCUUUGGGGGCUGAUUGAGGUUUCUGCCUCAGGUUCGGCUGUGGUCCCAGCGACGGCCCCACACACCAUCACAGAGUGGAGCGCCCAGAUGUUCUGCGUUGGACCCAGCGGUUUGGGUCUAUCAGCCCCAGUUUCCAUCAAAACCUUCCAGCACUUCUUCAUGGACCUCAUCUUCCCGUACUCCGUGAAGCGAGGAGAGAGCUUCUCACUCAAAGGCUCUGUCUUCAAUUACAUGAGUCAGGCUAUGGAGAUCUCGGCCUCUCUGUCUCCCUCUGACCAAUUCACAAGUAAGAGCAGCGGAGCCAGCCGGACGUUCUGCCUCCCCGGAGGAGCCAAAGAGACACUUACCUGGGAUGUGACUCCGACAAUGAUAGGACAGGUGAAUAUUUCCGUCGCUGCUAAUGCUGUAAAGGGUCUAAAUCUUUGUGGGGAGCAGAAUACGGUGAUCCCCAAAAAAGGCGUCAGAGAUGCAGUAAUCCGGUCUGUGCUGGUGGAGCCUGAAGGCAAUUCAGUGGUAAAGACGCACAACUCCCUGAUCAUCUCCGACGGUGGUUCAGUGUCAGAAAUGGUGAAUUUCGAGCUGCCGUCCUCUUAUGUCUCAGGAUCGGAGAAAGCCUUCGUCAGUGUUUAUGGUGACAUCAUGGGCUCAUCCAUGAGUAACAUCGGGAACCUCCUGGCCAUGUCAUACGGCUGCGGGGAGCAGAACAUGGCUCUUUUUGCCCCAAAUGUUUUCAUCCUCAACUACAUGAAGAGCACAAAGCAAGAGAACUCAGCAGUGGUAGAGAAGGGCAAGGACAUGUUGGAGAAGGGAUACACCCGACAGCUGAUGUAUAAGCGGCCAGACGGGUCAUACAGCGCCUUUGGAAACCGUGAUCCAGAGGGCAGCACAUGGCUCACAGCUUUUGUCAUGAAGACAUUCAGCCAGGCCAAGGACACUGUCUUCAUUGAUGACGAGGUGAUAAAACAAGGCAUGGACUGGCUGAAGGCACAACAGAAGCCCAACGGCUGCUUCAAGACCACAGGGCGGCUGCUAAACAACGGCCUGAAGGGCGGUGUGGAUGACGAGGUUUCUCUAUCUUCAUAUGUUGUAUCUGCAUUAAUGGAGUCGGGCACAGAAUCCAGUGAUCCGGUUGUGGAUCGGGCUAUGACGUGUAUUAAGAAUGAGUCUCUGGAGUUGGCCUCCAUCUACAAACUGGCCCUGAAGGCUUAUGCAUUAACGCUGGCCGAGGAUGAGGAGAACAGGGCGGCUGUAAUGCAGAAGUUGGAUGAAAAAGCCACCAAAGCCGAUGGUUUACUGUACUGGACCCAGGAGGCUAAAUCCCAUUCGGAAUCAUACUGGUCAAUUCCAAAAUCUGUGGAUGUGGAGAUAACAGGCUAUCUCCUCCUGAUCUACUCCUCUAAAAAAACUCCAACUGAGAAGGAGCGCGGGAAUAUGGCAGCAACUGUCCGCUGGUUAACCAAACAACAGAAUGCAAAUGGCGGCUUUGCCUCCACUCAGGACACCGUGGUGGCCCUUCAAGCAUUGGCAAAGUUUUCAAGUUGUAUAUCCAGUCAAAUGGGAGCAAUGACAGUAGACGUAACCUCAGAGAAUGGCUUCCACCACCGCUUCCACUUGGACAAUGCAAACCGCCUAGUCCUGCAGAAGAAGCAACUUCCCAAGAUCCCCGGAAAGUACAGCGUGACUGUGUCUGGAAACGGAACCAUAAUUAUGCAGGCCGUUCAGACAUAUAAUGUUCUCCCUGACUCCAAAGACGACGCAUUUGUCCUGACAGUGAAUCCUGUGUGUGUGAAGAGUGACCUACUGCAGAUAGCGCUGGAGUUCUGGUACACUGGGAAACGCCAGUCUACUAACAUGGUCUUUCUGGAGAUAAAAAUGUUGUCCGGCUUUGUGCCCCAGAAGGCAUCUGUAGACGAGCUGAAGAAGAAUCCACUAGGUGAAGAGAGUGGAGCUGGAAGACGAUUCCGUGUCCAUCUAUGUAGAAGAGGUCACUUCUGAGCCGCAGACCCUGGUGCUUCAGGCUGAACGGACUGUCCUAGUGAGCAACCUGAAACCGUCCAUCAUUCAAAUCUAUGAUUACUACAUUACAGAGGAGGAGAAGACGGUCAGCUACUUGAUAAACUGCUGAGGAGAUGUUCCUUGCUGGGAGAUUCUGCUAUUGGUGUCGCCACGUUCUGCGGAGUUUCGUCCUCGUGUAUCUGCCAAAUAUUUACUGCUCAUUAAUAAACCUUCUUGCUU